AUGGUUAUUGGCAUGGACACUGCAGGAGCUGCUGUGAGACCUGUGAUUUCUCUCUCCCCAAACUGGAACCCAAUAUUCCCAGGAGAAUCUGUAACUCUGACUUGUAAUGUGGCUCCUACUGCCCAAGGGAUCCUGGAAUAUUCCUGGUACAGGGAUGGACACUGGAUACCUGGGGAUCAGCAGAGACUUGUCAUUGAGUCUGCCGCACACACAGACAGUGGGAAUUACCAGUGCCAGGCUGGUCCCAAUGAGAGAAGUGAUCCUGUUAGACUGGAUGUGUUUUAUGAUCUGCUCAUCCUGCAGGCUCCCCCUGAUGUUCAUGAAGGAGACUCCCUGUCUCUCAGGUGUCACAGUCGGACUGGAUAUAGAACAAUGACUCCAGUAUUUUACAAGGAUAAUGAGAUCAUUGAGUCUCCAGUCAGUUGA